UUGGGUGCGCGUUCGACGCUCAGCUCAGCUAGCCGACUGUGGGACAGCAUGCUGCUGCCAGUGCUGGCGCUGCUGUCGGCGGCGGGGCCAGGCCAGGCGGAGGUCUUCUCGGCGCUGGCUGACCUCCAUCACCUGGUGGACACGGAACGAGUCGUCAUCGACACACUCCAGCGCAUUAUACAGGCCGAGCAGCUCAGGAUACAGCGGCUCCAACAGAGACUGGCGUGGUACGAGCAUCGGCACACGGAGCUGUUGGAGAACACUGACGGCCACCUGGAGAACCCUCUCGGAGCCUUCCUUCUCGUAAAACGGCUGACAGCUGACUGGCAAGAGACGCUCGACAUGGCAACGGAGAGCGCCGGUCGAACCGUUUUGAAAGGCGUGACAUCUUCGUUUGCUGAUCUCCGGCUCCCGAAUGAGGAGGACCUAUCAGGCGCUGCACAGGCUCUGGUCAGGCUUCAAGACACGUACCAGCUCGACACAUUUGAUUUCGCCCGUGGUGAGAUUCCCGGGAGCAGUCUGGGCCGAGAGCUGACCGCCUGGGACUGCUUCGUCUUGGGCAGGGAGUGCUACUUCCUCGGAGACUUCGGGCACGCCCGACCCUGGCUGGAGGAGGCGUGGCACCGGAGCCAGCGAGAGGCGCUGAUUGCCCACUCGCCGCUGGCGACGACGCUGAUUUACCUGGCCUUCGCCACCUAUCGGAUGGGGGACACGGCGCGCGCGCUGGCCUUAACCCGUGACCUUCUGCAGGUGGACCCCGCCCAUAAGGUCGCCCGUGACAACGUGGUGGCCUUUGAAAGGGAGCUGCAAGAGAUGAAGAGAAAGGCCGAUGUCGCCAAACCAGACUUACCGUCGAUGACAACAGAUGAUGUGGACCACGUCUCAGAGUCGCUGGCGGACCACUUAGAAACAGAGAACCGGCUGUACCGGGCGUUGUGUCGAGGUCACUUACCGCUGGCACCUAGCGUCCUCAAGCGGCUCAGGUGCUACUACUCUCACAACGGCGUCGCUUUUCUUCGCCUCCGACCGGUGCCAACAGAGGAUCUGUACCUGGACCCACACAUCGUCCUCUUCCAUGACGUUAUGCACGACUCCGAGAUCGAGGCCAUCAAAAACGUCUCGGCGCCCCUGCUGCAGCGGGCUACCAUCAGGAACUUCCACACCGGGGAGCUAGAGACGGCAAACUACCGCAUCAGCAAGUCGGCCUGGCUCAACAGCCGGCACCACAACGCCGUCACCAGGGUGGAGCGUCGGGUGGCACAACUGACGGGGUUGAGCUUGAACACGGCAGAAGAGCUGCAAGUGGUUAACUACGGCAUCGGAGGGCACUAUGAGCCACACUCCGACUAUACGACAAAUAAGGCGAUUGCAGCAGAGCUCGAGGAUGGAAAUCGCAUUGCAACAUUUAUUUUCUACAUGUCGGACGUGGCGGCCGGCGGUGCCACCGUGUUCACGCAGCUGGGCGCGGUGGUGAAGCCUCGGCGUGGUUCAGCCGCCUUCUGGUACAAUCUGCAUGCGGACGGCAGCGGCGACUGGCGCACCCGGCACGCCGCCUGCCCCGUGCUCGUCGGGUCCAAGUGGGUGGCAAACAAGUGGUUCCAUGAGCAUGACAACGAGUUUCGCCGCCCGUGCCGUCUGCAGCCGGACCUCUAACGGGGAUGAGCUAAGCUUUAGUUGGCGCAUGGCGCCGCGAGUAGUCGAUCUUUGGCUCGCCUUUGCCAUGUCCUUAAUCGUGAGAACGAAGUCACGUGACGACAAGUCGAGAAGGAGGUUAUCACCUGGCAGCGUUGUCGCAAAGCGCUUAAAACCAGAUCUUGCGGCAGUGAAUGCGACACUGCGCGCAGGCCGGCCUUGUGCCUAGCGACAUACAGUAGUGAAAUUAAGUGUCAUAUUUCACCAUCUUUCUGCGGAUGUUCCAUUGUCCACCAGCUGCGAAAUGCUGACAAGAGGCAGCACUGUUGAGCGGACCUGAUAGAGCCCUGCCGGAGCGCUGUCGAGUGGACCCGACAGAGCGCCGAAGCACUGUUGAGCGGACCUGAUAGAGCCCUGCCGGAGCGCUGUCGAGCGGACCCGACAGAGCGCCGAAGCGCUGUUGAGCGGACCUGAUAGAGCUCUGCCGGAGCGCUGUCGAGUGGACCCGACAGAGCGCCGAAGCGCUGUUGAGCGGACCUGACAGAACGCUGAAGUGCUGUCGAGCAGACCUGACAGAGCUCUGCCGAGGCGCUGUUGAGCGGACCUGACAGAGCCUGCCGGAGCACUGUUGAGCGGACCUGACAGAGCGCUGAAGUGCUGUCGAGCAGACCUGACAGAGCUCUG